AUGGCCGACAGAUACUCUUUCUCCCUGACCACCUUCUCCCCAAGCGGGAAGCUCGUUCAGAUCGAAUAUGCAUUGAACGCGGUCAACCAAGGUGUAACUGCCCUUGGAAUCAAAGCUACGAAUGGAAUCGUUUUGGCCACCGAAAAGAAGUCCUCCUCGCCCUUGAUCGACCCUCCCUCUCUCUCCAAGAUCUCCCUCAUUACACCCGACAUCGGCAUGGUCUAUGCCGGCAUGAGUCCUGACUACCGAGUGCUCGUCGACAAGGCCCGCAAGGUCUCCCACACCGGCUACAAGCGCAUUUACAACGAAUACCCACCGACCCGGAUAUUAGUGCAGGAUGUUGCCCGUGUCGUCCAAGAGGCGACCCAGUCCGGUGGUGUCCGACCAUAUGGUGUUAGCUUGCUGAUUGCGGGUUGGGACGAAGGCAUUGAGCCCGAGACAGCUCAGGCUGAGAAGGGGGAGGAGGAGGAGCCUAAGAAGGCCACCGGAAAGACAGGAGGCACCCUGAAGGGAGGCCCCAGUUUAUACCAGGUCGACCCCAGCGGCAGCUACUACCCUUGGAAGGCGACGGCCAUCGGAAAGCACGCCACGAGUGCGAAGACGUUCCUUGAGAAGCGUUACACCGAGGGCCUCGAGCUUGAAGACGCCAUCCACAUCGCUCUGUUGACCUUGAAGGAGACAAUCGAGGGCGAGAUGAAUGGUGACACGAUAGAAAUUGGCAUUGUUGGCCCUCCCGCCGACCACCUGCUCGGCUACGAAGGCGUCGAAGGAGCCCGUGGUCCCCGAUUCAGGAAGCUGACGAAAGAGGAGAUUGAAGACUACCUGACCAGUCUAUAA